AAGAGACCAAUAGCAUCACUAUGGUUUACAUAAAACGUGCCAAACGCAUGCAGAAGUGUCAUAGACAUCCCAGUUAUCCAGCCAGCUGUGUUGAAUCCAGAUGACACAACAGUUAUGCGCCUUUAACGCAGACCCGCUGGGACUGAGCUGCCGCCGUCGCUGCUGUGUUGACUCCACUCAGUGGCCUCUGCUGGGCAUUUAGCCGCCGGGAGAGAAGGUCCUCCCUCCACAAUUGUGUUGUUAUUGACCGGCGGAGGGAAAGAAGCGGGUCGAUAAGUGGAUCAGAUUUAUUAGCGGUCCAGAUUGGCCACAGCCUGUGGGACUGCACACCGCGCAGAGGGGGAGCGCCAGACAGCGUGUCUACAAGUGCGGCGCAAUUUCAAGUGGAAGGGAAAUAACACCAGCAGGAUGGACCUGGUCAAAAUUGCAGUGUCCUUCCACAUUCUCCUGUGUCCUGCGUGGGCCCUGUACCGCCACUCCUUCAUGGACAGCAUCCUUUCACCCCGCUCAGCCCUCAGGUUGCUGAACGAGCCAAUGAGGUUUGACCCCUGUUGUCUCAUGUCACCGCCUCCCCCACCUCUCUUCCCUCCGCCGCCUCAGCUUUGGAAGCGGGGCGACCCCGAUGGUAUCAGCAUGUUGGAGCCCAGUGUUUUUGGAGGAGAGCAGCAGCAAAGACAAAAACCUGUGAUGCCGGGGUGUUCACCUGGGCCUCCAGGACCUCCAGGACCCAGCGGCCCAGAGGGUCACCGUGGAUUACCUGGCAUACGAGGACCAAAGGGGGAGAAGGGAGAAAUUGGACGUCCGGGGUCAAAGGGUCGUACUGGAGCUCCAGGCCUUCCUGGGAAACAAGGACUUCAAGGAUGGCCUGGUCCAGAGGGACCCAAGGGUGAGAAGGGGGAUCCAGGCCUCAUGGGAUUACCAGGACUGAGAGGACCACCAGGGACAAAGGGUUUGCCUGGAUACAAAGGAGACAAAGGGGCUCGUGGCGAUGCUGGAACAGCAGGACCAAAAGGAGAUAAAGGUUCCAUUGGUUUGCCUGGGAUGCUUGGACAGAAGGGUGAGCAGGGACCAAAGGGAGAGCCAGGAGUCCCAGGAAAGAGAGGACCCACUGGGCGACCUGGGAAGAGAGGCAAACAGGGCAUGAAGGGUCAGACUGGAGCCCCUGGAGUCAUGGGCCCCCCAGGACCUGCGGGUCCAAAUGGCCAGCCUGGACCACCUGGUCCACCUGCCUCUGGUCUCUAUCUAGUCGGGGAAAAGGGAGAGAAGGGUCUCCCAGGUCCACCAGGUCGCUGUGAGUGUGAUACCUCUCUCGGAGCAAAAAACACCCCUUUUGGAAGCUACACACAACAGGGUAGCCCCAAUAAAGUCCCUGCGAUAUUUGUGGUAAACAACGAGGAGGAGAUGGCACGUCUACAUCUUGACAACGCUAUAGCAUUCAGGAAGGAUCAGAGGGCGCUCUACUUCAGAGAUAAAGAUGGAUGGAAACCCAUACAGCCCUUCCAGCCGUUCCAGUCCACAGAGAAAGUCCAGGACAGAGUUGGCAUGUGCGGGGACAGAAAAGUGCAGCCCCAGCAUGGAGAGGAGUGUGAUGACGGAAACCAGAUUGUCACUGAUGCUUGUCUCAAUUGCAAGUGGGCCUACUGUGGAGAUGGCUACCGACAUGAAGGCAUGGAGGAGUGUGAUGGAAAAGACUUUGGUUAUCAGACCUGCAAAUCUUAUCUUCCUGGAUCCUUUGGGCAGCUCAGAUGCACUGACUCCUGCCUCAUUGACUCCACUGGCUGCAAGUACUUCACCUGAACUGGAUAUGUUUUUAAAAAUGGCCACAUUGCAAUUUUGCAACCUGUUUUUAUGAUUACAGGGCAUAUACUUCAGAUUCCUCCUGAAGUCUCGCCCCUCCACCCCCUCCCUAAAAAAAUAACUGAUGAACUGAGAGAGUACUAAGGGGAAGCGCUUGUGUCUGCUCUGAGCCAUGAAAAGUCAUGGGAGUCAGCUUUGAAUCGACUGUCCCCCCUGGAGGUUCAAAUCUUUUAUCGGCCUCAGGGAGACGCUCCUUGCGACUGUAACACCAUCGGCUGUAGCACUGUUAUGAACACUGGUGAUGGUGGGGAACUGUUAAACGAUUUAACGAUUGUAUCAUAUUAAGUAGUUUCAUUGUGUAUGACUUGCUGACUGUUAAUGCAGAAAAUAAGCUGAACUUCUUCUUCUUCUAAUGAGAAAAAGAAAAAAAAGAGCCUUUUCCAAAGAGGCAAUAAUACUAUAUGUACUGUAGUAUGCAAAUCAGGGGUGUGUAAAUGUUUUUAUUCCAGUGCAAUGCAUUACAAAACAUAUAUUUAUGAAGUGCAAUGCUGUGUUAUUGCAUGUAAAUGUGUUCCGGUGCACAGUGGACUGCUUUAAACAGUGCUGUAGAUGUACUAGCCAAAGUGUGGCUCUUCUGAAGUGAAUGUUAAAAUACCCGACAGGAAGAAAAUGAAUGUCAUACUGCAACAACAGCCAAAAAAGAUUAUGUGUGAUUAUUGCAGCAGCAUGAAGAAACUGCUCCAUUACAUCAAAUACAAUCAAGACUAAACCAGAAAAUAUAUAAUCUGCCUGCAUGACUGUAAAUUUCAUAAAACAUUGUACAUUAAUAAAGAUUACACUUCUGAGUUAUGUCUUCAA